AUGACCACUGCCGGCUAUGUGGGAGCUGGCAUCUGCCUAUUCGGUGUGAUGUGCGCUUUGAUCAGCGUUGGUCAGAUCGCCAACGACAUCGCCUCCCUUCGCGAUGAAGUCAACGUUGGUCUGGAAGAAUUCCGUCUGAUCGCUGAGGACACCUGGGAUCGCCUUCUCAUCCUGCAAAGUCCUACUGGCCAUUCCGUUAAUGCCAUGCCGAGCAUCUUCCGUGCCAAACGUUACGUCUAUCCUGGACACUGUAAUUGCCAGGAGAACAAUCAGGGAUGCCCACCGGGACCUGCUGGACCUCCAGGACCACCUGGUCCACGAGGAGAAGAGGGUCUCGCUGGUGUUGAUGGAAGAGCUGGAGCCAAUGGAAAUUCACUUGGUGUUAUUCACGAUGAACCUGGUGGUUGCAUCAAAUGCCCGGCUGGACCUCGUGGACAGCCAGGAGAACCUGGACUAGAGGGGCAGAGGGGCUUCCCCGGUGCACCUGGCAAGAUUGGACCACCUGGAGGCGACGGAACCCCAGGACCUGCUGGAGAGCCUGGAGAUCAGGGACUACCAGGCAAACCUGGAUUUGAUGGAACCACUGGACCAGAUGGUAUGCCUGGUACUACGUCGUUCCCCGGAGCUCCUGGACAGCCCGGUGAACCGGGAUGGGCUGGAGAAAUGGGUCCACCCGGAAAGGCUGGUGAGCCUGGUCUCGAUGGAAAUCCUGGAUCACCUGGAACUCCUGGACUUCCCGGAAAUGCUGGUCAUGACGCCUUCCCAGGAAUGCCUGGACCCAGUGGACCCGACGGAAAGGUUGGAGAGGACGCGAACUACUGCAACUGCCCACAACGUCGGGAGUCGGCUGAUGUGGUUACACCACCUCGUGGUGGGGGUUACCGCAACCGUCGUCUCUAA